AAAGGGCACAAUUGGAAUAAGAUUUUUGGACACUGUGGUUUCACAAAGUAGUUCGUCUGUCAAGUUGUUGUGAUCAAAUUUUAAUACCUUCCAAUUCUUUUUCGUUCGUCAUUAACUUGCAAACGCUCUGUUAUUCUCCCCGCCAACUCUUUAGCCCUGAACACACGCGUGAAAAUUAGAAUAUGUCUCAACAUAUGUAUUAUAUUACACUUUUGUUCGCACUUGUGGCAUUGGUCCACUCACAAGGCGUAGAUGAUACCCUGACUCCUAGAUCAAAGGGGGCAGACGUCUCUGAAGCCGUGGUAAGAAAAAUUCUACGUUCAGGAAUAUUUCCCCACGACCAAAACUUGCUGCGGAGGUUGUCCUACGUCGAAAGUCGAGAUGGUGAAGAUGAUAAAACAUACAGACCACAAUAUUUUGGGGGAAUUUGGCAAUUGGAUGAAGUUCUGUUUAACCAAACCAAAAAUGUGACUGGCCUCAACACGAUUUAUCAGAGACUUAACGCCACUUGGAACAUCCAAUGGAACAGCGUCACUUGGGCUGACCUUCUCGUCCCCAUGUAUUCCGGAUUAGGGGCCAGGCUGUACUUGCACACGCUUUCCCUCAGUAACAGACCCAUCCCCGGAACCAUUGAUAGUCAAGCCGAAUACUGGAGGCUCAAUUACAACAGAACAGAUCAAAACGCUACAACGUACAAGGACCUGGUGAAGAGACUGGAAAGCGAUGGCGGUGUUUGCGAAGGGUUGAUGGACAUUUGCAUAGUCCUUGAUGGGUCUCGGAGUAUCGGAGCUGGCGCCUUCAUUCGAGCCAAAGGCUUCGUUGCCGACUUGGUCCAAACUUUCUCCUUGAAUUCCACUCGUGUGGCGUUCGUUCUCUAUUCUGACAAUGCACAAAAAAUAUUUGACUUUAGUAACACUCUAACUCCCUCAGCAAUGAAUACCACCAUCCGGAAUGUGCGUUAUCCAAAUGGAAAUACGAAUACUCCUGCUGGUCUCCUCAUGGCGGUCACAUUCUUCAACCAGGCCACCCCACGACCCGGAGUCCCACAAGUUGUUGCCACGUUCACGGAUGGAAAUAGCAAUCGAGGAAACCUCACGGUUGCCGUUGCCGCAGUAAAAACCGCUAAUUUGACUUCCUUCGCCGUUGGAAUUGGCAACGAGCAGGACAUCAGGGAAAGUGAGCUUCAGCAAAUAGCACUCAACGACUCGUCCAGAGUUUUCAGGGUCAACGACUACGAGGCACUAGCCGAAUUCUUUUUUCAAAUGAACAAGGCCACCUGCGAGGUUCCCCAAGAACCCGAGAUUGGCGACGAACACAACGGAACACUGAAUAAAAAUGAAAAGAGAUAUUUCAAAUAUCAAAUUCCCGAUGGAGGAUUCACGCUGACUUUAUCAGCCACAAGGGGACAAGUUUCUGGAUGGUAUUCGUACACUGUGGAAACUCCCAACUCUGCCAUACACCAAGGAACCUUAGGACGUGCCACCUUCAUUCCGAAGCUGGGAGUGGCCCAAAUAAAUUCCCCAGUUUACAUUAGCAUCCAAGGAACCUCUGAUGGCGAGUCAGAUUAUAAACUGAGCACUUUGGAGGGAAAUCAUUCAAGUGGCGAAUCCUUGAGGUCUCCUUACCAAGUGAUUCUCUCCCUCCUCCUCGUCCUCUUUUAUGUUAAACUGUGAAAACUCCUACGUAUAACUAUCUACUCUAAUUAUGCAAAUUACCAAUAUUUAGUGUCAAAUAAACAUCAUGAGAACCCUAAUGAAAGGUUCGUUUGAAAUA